CCAUCUCCACUUUCCACUCCCUCUCUCCUUUCUGGACUCUCUGAACGAUGGCGAGCAACGCUUCGUUCGUCCCUAUCACCGAUGCCUGGUCAGGCUACGUACAUCAAGCUCAAGCUCACCUACCCUCAUCUAGUCGACUUGUUUUGCUUGCUCUUGUGAAUGUCCCGCUUAUUAUUGUUUUGUUGAACGCGGCGUGGCAGGUUCUUAAGCCAAAAGACCCGUCGUUACCACCUGUGGUAUUCCACUGGCUUCCUAUUAUCGGUUCUGCGAUUCAGUAUGGAAAUGACCCGAUCAACUUUUUCUUGAAGUGCCGCGAGAAGUACGGAGAUGUAUUCACUUUUAUCCUUUUCGGUCGCCGCAUGGUUGUUGCUCUCGGACCUAAGGGUAACAACUUUGUCACGGGUGGGAGAGUUUCACAGCUUUCCGCAGAGGAGGCUUACACGCACUUAACCACUCCGGUGUUUGGGAAAGACGUCGUAUACGAUGUUCCGAACGAAGUUCUCAUGGAACAGAAGAAAUUCGUCAAGUUCGGUCUUUCACUGGAUAACUUCCGCGCCUACAUCGGGAUGAUCGAACAGGAGGUGGAGAACUUUUUGAAUAACGAUCCAGGCUUCCGCAUUUGGCAGAUGAACGAUAUCAAUGAAUGGGGUAGCUUCCAUGCGUUCAAGACGCUCGCGGAGAUUACGAUUUUGACGGCAUCAAGGACGUUGCAGGGUAAAGAGGUUCGGAGCAGCUUGGACAAGAGCUUCGCGGACCUGUACCACGACCUUGAUGGUGGAUUCACGCCUGUGAACUUCCUCUUCCCGAACCUUCCGCUUGAGAGUUACAAGAAGCGGGAUAAGGCGCAGCAGACUAUGAGUGACUUUUAUGUUGACUUGAUCCGUAAGAGACGGGAAGGCAAGGAUACUGAUGCUGAACAUGAUAUCAUCUCUGCCCUCAUGUCACAACGCUACAAGAAUGGACGUGAACUCUCUGACCGUGAGAUUGCACAUAUUAUGAUCGCGCUUCUCAUGGCUGGACAGCACACGAGUUCAACGACUGGUACUUGGGCUAUCCUGCACCUUGCUGAUAACCCCGAAGUUGCCGAGGCACUUUACCAGGAGCAAGUCGAACACUUCGGCAUCGAAGAAGGCAAAUUCCGCCAAAUGACCUACGAAGAACUAAAAGACCUACCCAUCCUGGACUCCGUAAUCCGCGAAACUCUCCGCCUGCACCCCCCAAUCCACAGCAUCAUCCGUAAAGUCGUCUCCGACGCCCCUGUCCCCCCUUCCCUCGCAGCCCCAUCAAAAGACGGGUCGUACGUCGUACCCAAAGGCUAUUUCGUUCUUUCCUCUCCAGCAGUAAGUCAGGUUGACCCGAAAGUAUGGCCGAAUGCGCUGGAGUGGGAGCCGUCGAGGUGGAGUGAUGCAGAGGGAUUUGCUGCGCAGGCGUAUAAGACGUAUGCAGAUGAGAAUGGAGAGAAGGUUGAUUAUGGGUUUGGGGCGGUUAGUAAAGGGACGGAGUCGCCUUAUCAGCCGUUUGGAGCGGGGAGGCAUCGGUGCAUUGGUGAACAGUUUGCCUACCUGCAAAUUGGUACUAUCCUCAGUACGAUUAUCCGAAAGGUAGAAUUACGUCUGGAAGGGAAAAUGCCUGCGCAUAACUACCACACUAUGAUCACGACACCCAAAGAUCCUUGCGACAUCCGAUACAGGCGUAGGCACUUUGACUAACCAAUUUAAUUAAUCUCAAUACUCACGGAUCCCCUAUAAAAU